AUGAACUCUAGUAACGAUGAUGACAAGGAGCUAUCGCUUCAUGAACUCAGUGUUCAUUACCAGGCACCCAUCGUCUCGCAGCUCGUCAGUAUAGGAAGCGAGUGCAAUCAACUACAGCAUGUCAAGUUUCGCUCCUUCGUCAGCCGCCUUCAGUGUCUCGAGCCGGAAGGUAUAGAGCUACGCCGAACGUCUAUUAACGCCUUUCGCCAGCAAAAUUAUCUUGCACUAUCCUAUACCUGGGAACCUUCGGAGUACGAAUGUACGGGAUCUGGCUGGUACAACGUUGAGGACUGGGAUCACAACCAUCUCAGUCCUUCAAAAGUCCGGAACUGCGUCCUUGGCCGCGUUCUCAGCUACAUGCGCUACGCCGAAGUCCAGUUUAUCUGGAUCGACGCCCACUGUAUCCGCCAAGACACAUGCGGCGCUGCCGCUUGCGCCCGUCACACCAGCUGUAUUCAACAACGCAAUGCUUUUCAGGCUAUGGACCUCGUCUACCAGCUCAGCGAGCACCCUGUUGCUCUUCUGGGACGUCCCUUGCGAGUCGGAACCGACCUGCAUCUGCUCGCACAAAUCCUCUCAGGUGCCUUUGUUGACAACUCCACAUGUCGACUCUCGAGCACCACUACGAUUCCUGCGGCAAGGAAGGCAUUGUGGCUGCUCCGCGAAAUCACUCGAGACGUCUGGUGGACCCGCGCCUGGACUUUCCAGGAGAACUAUCGUGGCGGGCAGCGGAUGCGACUACUUAUUCCCCAUGAUCCGUCUCUAGAGGAGCAGAAGCUACGUCUUGAGAUUUUUGAUAAAAUACCCGAGGAAUUAUGCAUACAAUCCGUCGCCUUCUCCACGGAAGCGACACGGCUGUGCCUGGCACUUCGCGAAGUGGCGGGGGCGCUGGCACCGGACGGCGUUUGCUGGAUUGAUGAAGUUCUCCGAGCGGCUGGAAGAUAUGCGCUCGUUCUGCCCGAGACGAGCGCAAUGACACCAACAGUAGUCGCUGACAUCGAGGCGCGCUUGUUGACGGAGCCGUGGGACCGACUGGCCAUCCUUGCAAAUUGCUGUCAGUACUCGGUGCGGUUAGACGGUCAAGCACUCAGCCAGAAAGGGCACAGCCUUAGUCUGUCGAUGCUAGCCAUGUGUUUGCUCAAUGGCGAGAUUCUCAACAACGACGACGACGGCCUGCCCCCCAUCACUUCGAUGACGACAUCAGAAUUCCUCGGACAAUAUCUAUUUAAAGAGUUCAGCGCGCCUACAGAUGAUACUCGGCGGCUAACAUUUAACAAGGGUUGCCGACUUACCAACGUGGAUUUAACAGUGGAGGGGAUCUCGACAUACGGGCAUAUAUGGAGAUUAGGCCGCAUUAUUGACACCUCAUUGUUUUCGUGGGAGCUCCCAUGGAUCAAUGAACCAAACGGCCGACUCGAACUAAAUGAGCGGAAACGCCUGUUGCAGUUGGUGAUCUGUUUAUAUAAGCUAGAGCACCGUAAUCUUGCUGGACACAUUGAUGGAUACCUUGCUACCGACGCCGAGGCUGAGGAGGGCUACGUCGACUUUACUGACAUGCAUUUCCACCAUAUGGCUAUCGAACUAGCAACAGCAAUUCAGGCGGGCCAGAAGCUGAGGCUAGGCUGUAUCUGGGAUCCCACAGGGAAGUCCUCAGCUUACACUGCCAUCUUCGUGGGGUCUAGCGAGGAAGAGUACGACGUGGUACGCCCGACGCCGGCAUAUGUGUUCACCUCAGCCUGGUUUCGUGAUCAGGGCUCCGAUACUCACGACGCUAACGACAUUGACCGCCACGUCUCGCUUGAGGUUGUCUUCGACGGACGCCUAGACUGUAACGGUGUGCCGCGCCUCCGCACCCGCACAUGGCGGCUCGGCAUGUGCUUCUUCCAAGGUGUUCCGCGCACUAAAGUGGUGUUCCCCUGGCCACGAGCUCUGCAAGACGUCAAACCGUGA